GGUCUGGGAACUAUCACCGCUCACACUCUCCUGCUGCUGCUUCUAACUUCAUUCGUGGUGCAGACCAGGGGCGCUCCGCAGGUUCGCUUUCAGAGACGUAACUGGACACCGCAGGCAAUGCUGUAUUUGAAAGGAGCACAGGGACGUCGGUUCAUUGCGGAUGGUGGUAACGAUGGGGACCUCUUUGAAAAAAUAGAUAUUGAAACCAGAAGCCAAAACACCAACCCAUUAACUCUAUCAGAAGCAACAGCGAUGCUACUGGCUUCCAUCAGACAGGCACAGCAAGAAG